UCGCAGGAAGUCCUCUCUGUCCAGAGAGAAGCUCCGGCUGCUCUUCAAGCACCACUGUGAGAUUCGGAGGGGAAUUAUUACCCUCAAGCCCUCCACAGUGAAGAAGUUCUGCCUGUCUGAACAGAACUUCUCUCAGUUCUUCCCUGAUGACCCGCCCUUUUUCCACUUCAGCUCCACCUCUAAUGGAGGCUCACCUGGACAGAUGUGUGUGUCACCGCUGAACGCCCUGGAGGAGAAACUCAAGCUGCUGCAGAAGAAGGACGAGAUGGCUGCUGCAGCUCAGAUUAGAGCUCAGCUGAAGGAGAGGGAGGAGCUGCAGAAGGCUAGGAGAGAGAGGGAUGACAAGGACAGGCUGAGAGAGGAGCAGAGACUACGUUUUGAGGAGGAGAAACACAGGAAGAAGGAGGAGAAGGAGCGAAGAAAGCUGGAGAAAGAGAGGGAACGAGAGAAGCUAAAAGAAGAAAAGAAGAAAUAUGCUGAACGUCUGAAGCAGUGGAACCAACCCAGAGAAGAUAUGGAGUGUGAAGACUUGAAGGUCAGUAAACGCAUCGGUAACCAGACAGACCGGGAGGUUUUCAACUAA